CCCCUCCUCCCUCCUCUCCGGUGUGAGUCGGUGUGAACGCGCCCACGGUUCCAGCUCAGCUCCCGGUGCAGCACGUUCACUUCUUCCCCCUCGAGAUCCGGGACUUCUCCUCGUUACCGCCGCCGCCGCCGCCACGGAGUCCGACCCGGGACAGUAGCUCCCCCCCUCACCCCGGGAGGAGGAGGAGGAGGAGGGGGACGGGGGAGGUGAGAUCAGAGAGAACUUCCCACGCCUACUGGACACAGCGUCAACCCUCUGUCCACGAUGUCCUCCAGAGGUAAGAGUGACCGGUGCAGGAUAUGCGGUGGAGCCCUGCAGGGGAACCACCGGCGGUGGCUGUUUGGGGGCCAGAAUAAGAAGAGCAGUCAGCCUCCGACUCCGACUGAGUCCCUGAGAGGAGGAAGCCUGUCCCGGUCGGUGCAGAGCAGCCCCUGGGGCAGCACGUUGUCCCUGGGUUCCUCUGCGUCUCUGUCCAAGUCUCAGCUAUCGCUCAGCUCCUCCUCCAAAUGCGACGACCUGCUGUCGGUGUUGACCCACAUCCUGGGGCAGUCUGUGCCGCGGGGCGGAGGCCGCGGGGAGUUCUUGUGUGGCAAGUGUGUUUCCGUCCUCGAGCGGGUGUUCAAGUUCGACGGCGUGAUCGCCAGGGUGAGGGUGCUGUCGUCCGAGCGGCUCCAGAAGUUGACGCAGGAGAGGGACAAGAUCCGUCAGUGGGUUCGACAGAACUAUCGCCAGAGACACCCGCAGGACUUCCAGGGCAGGGGCAGCAUCGGCGAGGAGGACGGGGACGUGGACGGGGACGGGGACGGGGAGAAGGAGGGCUACAGGGAGAUGCUGAAGGAGAACAUGGCGCUCUCCGAGUACGAGUGCUGGUCUGAGAAGUGGGACACGUGUCCGUAUUUUAUAAGAACGGGCAAAAGAUGCAGGAGGGGCAAAGGCUGCGAGGGCUGCGAUUCCCUGCGGGUGUCGGACUCGGAUUACGAGUCCGUUUGCGGCGUUCCCCGUCACAUGCCCUUCCAGCCGUUCUCCCCGCUGGCGUGGUCGCGGGACAAGUCUCGUAGCAUGCCCCUCCACUGGCAGAGGACGCCCUCCCUCUGCUCCAGCCCGGCCUCUCUGACCGGAUCCACCCUCUCCUUACGAGCUUCUUCCCGCACGGAGUCCGUCCAGUCCCUGGACUCCCUCGAUGGCCACGACCCGUUCGACUCCCCGGGCGAUCGGCUGGUCGGCUUCGCCCUGAACGAGCUGAAGGGCGUCGCGGGGAGGCCCGUGAGUUCACCGGCGGGGAGCAGGAUCCCAGUCCUCGGCAGGAAAGACGGGAGGUCCCCGAGGAAAGCCGGAGGGACGCCGUCGCCCACGGUGAGCAGGACGCUGAGCUUUGGGGACGUGGAGAACGGAGGAGGGGAUGAGAAGGACGAAGAGAACGGGGACGUCCUGACACAGCUGAGGGACGAGUUCAUGCCUCUUCAUCGAGGGAGCUCCACGGGAAGAGUUCACCACGCCAUCAGGCACCUGCGAGGGCAGCUGGACCAGGCGGCGUCCCGCAUCCGGAGCCUGGAGGCCGAGCUGAACCAGGGCAGGAGCAAACCCACCGAGGUCAACGGGUCCGAGGACUGGGCCCCUCUCGUCCAGGAGGAGGGCGGCUGCUCUCUGCUGCAGAGCCUCGGUCACUCCCUGCGCAGCCGGGAGCGUCUGAUCCAGGAGUGCAUGGGUCUGAUCAGGAGGCUGUGCGUGGAGGAGGGGGCGGGGGCCGAGCUGGUCGAGAAGCUGACGGAGAAUCUGAAGGAAAUUCUCUCUGACAACAAGGCCGCUCUGCAGACUCUGAGGGCUGAGAUGAGGGAGAAGGAGGAGGUGAUGGAGAAGGAGAUGGAGGCGCUGAGGAAGGCUGGACGAGACAGAGAGAAGGACCUCGACACGCUCAACACUGUGCUGCAGUGCAAUCAGGAUAUCAUCAACGAAAUGCGAGUAACUCUGGGGGAGAAGGAGCAGCUCCUGAAGGAGGUGGAGAAAGAGAGGGAGGUGUGGAGGAGGAGGGACGAGGCCCUCGCUGCCGUCCUGCAGGAGAAGGAGGCGCUGGUCCAGGACAUGAAGCAUCUGGAGAUCGUCCAGAAAGGAGCCGAGGUGCCUGCAGAGGGCAGCGCUGAGCUGGCAGCUUUACUGAAGGACCGGGAGAGUGACAGCGCCACCUUGUGCCAGGAGAUCACCCGACUAACUGCAGCCCUGCAGGAGAACCAGGACCUGCUGAAGACGCAGCAGGAGAACCACAGCCGGGCGGCGGCGUCUCUGGCGGAUCAGCUCCGAGGAAGCCGGCAGGAGCUGAGGGAGAAGGAGAAGGAGAAGAAGGAGGUGGAGAGAGUCUGGCAGAACGACAGGGAGGACAGAGAGAGGGAGGAGAGGAGGCUGAAGGAGAGUCUGCAGAAGAGAGACAAACUCAUCGAGCAAAUCCUGUUGGACGCUGAGGAGCGGGACCAUGUGUUCAGAGAGCUGCAGCAGAACCUGCAGAACAAACGCGAGCACAUGACGGCCGUCAAACACACACUGUGACCGGAGGCGUCGACCGACACUUUGCACUUUCUGCUCCGCCGGGUCUUUGUUUCUGUCCGUCUCUCCGGCUGUGGGAGGCGUGAGUCUGGGCUGAAUCAGGAGGCUCAGACUACAGUAGUUGUUGUGGGUGUGGCCUGAACACGUGAUUAAAGAUGAGUGUAUUUAGUUCAUUGUGGAUGAAAUGGGUCUAAUGAACAUUUCUAAGUGGAAUAAUUUAUGCGAUGAUCGAUCAGGAGCAGGGAACCGUUUUAAUUUAAAUCUUGCGUUUGUCUUUUUCGCUGUCUCGCUACUGAACUGCGUUUUUCUUUUUCUUUUUUUCUUUUUGUUUACAGUGCUAUGUGAGCACUCACAGGGACGUUAACUUCAGCCAAAGUUAUAUUUUUAACCGACUGCUUUUAUGUUUUCUCGGGUGCUUUGUUCGUCUGACACUUUUUUCUUUUAGCUCAAGAGAAAUAAACUCUCUGAUCCAAACA